AUGGAUCAGAGCAGUUAUUACUCAGAAAUCAUUCCUUUCACCCUAGCUGAAAAUGAAGCAGAAAAAUACCUAGUGUUCUCAAAUGAAGAAGAACUUCUGGUAUACCUUUCUUAUUGCAUUUGUUUGUGUAUUUAUCAGGAUGCCUUUGUAGCAUUUCACAAUGACAAGGCUCUGGUGAGAAAAUAUUUGAAAUCGCUGCUGAUCGGGGAGCUGGCACCAGAUCAACCCAGCUUUGAGUCUAAUAAAAAAAAAUCACUUUUAGAGGACUUUCGUGAGCUGCGCUGCACUAUUGAGAAGAUGGGACUUCUUCAGCCAAAUUACACCUUUUUCUUCAUGAUUUUUCUUCAUCUCCUGGUACUGGAUGCUGCAUCCUGGCUCACGAUCUGGUACUUUGGGAUAUCCUUAGUGCCUUUCCUUGUUGGCAUGGCAUUCUUCACCAUUGCUCAGAUCCAGAUGGGCUGGUUCCAACAUGAUCUGGGACACUGCUCUGUCUUCAGGAAGCCUAAAUGGAAUCAUCUGCUGCAGAUCGUUGUGAUAAAUAUUCUGAAGGGGUUACCUGCUAGCUGGUGGAAUCAUCUGCACAACCAGCACCAUGCCAAACCCAACUGCUUCCGCAAAGACCCUGAUCUCAAUAUGCACCCUCUCUUGUUCAGCUUGGGAAAGACGCUCUCAGUGGAGCUUGGAAAAAAAAAGAAGAAGUUCAUGCCUUACAAUUAUCAGCAUAAAUAUUUCAUCUUAUUGGCCCCACUUGCCCUUGUACCCUUCUUCCAGCUGUCUAUAUUCUACUUUGCAAUCAAGAGGAAAAAGUGGUUGGAACUGUUCUUGAUUGUGUUUUUCAACAUUCGAGUUUGUCUAAUGUACGUUCCUUUAAUGGGAUUUAACAAUUUCAUGGUGUAUUACUGGAUGUCCAGGUAUCUAGAGAGUACGUGGUUUAUUUGGGUCUCGCAGAUGAAUCACAUUCCAAUGAACAUUGAUUAUGAUAAGAACAAAGACUGGGUAUCUACUCAGCUCCAUGCAACGUGCAAUGUGAACCAAUCUCAGUUCAAUGACUGGUUCACUGGGCACUUGAACUUUCAAAUUGAACACCACCUUUUCCCCACAAUGCCUCGACAUAACUACUGGAAAGCAGCUCCUCUUGUGAAAGCCCUUUGUGAGAAGCAUGGCAUUGAGUAUAAAAGCAAGACUUUACUCAGAGCCUUUGUAGAUAUUUUGCACUCACUGAAGGAGUCUGGGGAACACUGGCUUGAAGCCUAUCUGCAUGGAUAGAAACUGGUGGCUCUCAGAGGGAACCUCUUCACCAGACAGCUGCUGCAAAGAGUCAGUGCAGACAAACAGUGUCUGUGGCUUUUGGCAUAGGAAUUUGGGAGCUGGGCAAAGCUGCUUUCAGAAAGGAAGGGGUGGGGAAUGGAUUAAAGAUACUUUUUUUUUUUUUUUUCCUUGUUCUGAACCACGAUAUCUCUAUUUUGUGCCGCUCUCAAACUCAGCAUUCAGAGCCAUGUUAAAGUGGGCCUUUAAAUUUGGGGGGAUAUUGAAUCAGCUUGGCCGAUUUGCUGUGUAGGUGGGGGAUGAAAGCAGCCCAGCUUCUUGCUUACAGGAAAAUUUAAAUGGAAAUCCAUAGUGGUUCUGGCUUAGUGGCUCAAUGAAAGUGGAUAGGACAAAUCAAACUGCAGGAAGUCAGAACACAUUAGGAUGGGGGGGUGAUCUUUAAAGGGUAUUCUAGAAUAGAUAAAAUAGGUAUACAAAGGACAAGAUGGUCUGGGGUAUGUUGCCAGCACUAGUGAUCAUAUGUGCACUACUUGCUCUAGCUAGUGAAAUUAGGUGUUAUAAAACAUACUGUUCAUGGAUUACAUAGGGAAGUAGAUAACUGGAUGCUAAAUUUUACACCUAAAAUAGCUAGUUUAAAUACAGUCCAAAAAGUCUGUAUAGUAUGUAUUAUUUAUACGUAUAAACAUAUGUAUUUAAUUGAGUGG